CAAGUCCGGAGAGACACACGUUAUCAGGGAGGCAGCCGAAGGGCCAGUCAUCUCCUCACAUCUUUUCUGCAUCUACCACAAUCCCCUUUAUCCUUCCUGUAUGGUGGAUAUUAUUUUCAGCUCUUCUUUCUUGGGUGAUAUGGGGGAUCAUUCCAAAAAGAAGCCAGGAUUCGCGAUGUGUGUAGGAUGUGGAAGUCAGAUCCAUGACCAGUACAUACUGAGAGUCUCUCCAGACCUGGAGUGGCAUGCAGCCUGCCUGAAGUGUGCAGAGUGCAGCCAGUACCUGGAUGAGACCUGCACUUGUUUCGUCCGGGACGGCAAAACCUAUUGCAAAAGAGAUUAUGUAAGGCUGUUUGGAAUAAAAUGCGCAAAAUGCAACCUGGGAUUCAGCAGCAGCGAUUUGGUGAUGAGAGCCCGGGAUAACGUGUACCACAUCGAGUGUUUUCGGUGUUCGGUGUGCAGCAGGCAGCUGCUGCCGGGAGACGAGUUCUCCCUGCGGGAAGACGAGCUGCUGUGCCGGGCGGACCACAGCCUGCUGCUGGAGAGGAGCUCCACAGGAAGCCCCAUCAGCCCCGGACACGUCCACUCCAACAGACCGCUGCACCUGGCAGCAGACCCGGUCACGGUGCGGCAGGCCCCGCAUCGGAACCACGUCCACAAGCAGUCGGAGAAGACGACGCGGGUCAGGACGGUGCUGAACGAGAAGCAGCUGCACACGCUGCGGACCUGCUACAACGCCAACCCGAGGCCGGACGCGCUGAUGAAGGAGCAGCUGGUGGAGAUGACCGGCCUGAGCCCCAGGGUGAUCCGGGUCUGGUUCCAGAACAAGCGCUGCAAAGAUAAGAAGAAGUCCAUCCUCAUGAAGCAGCUCCAGCAGCAGCAACACAGUGAUAAGACUGUAAGCAUCUUCAAUCUGCAGGGCCUCACAGGGACGCCUCUCGUGGCCGGGAGUCCUAUACGACAUGAGAGCACCGUGCAGGGAAACCAAGUGGAGGUUCAGACCUACCAGCCUCCAUGGAAAGCCCUGAGUGAGUUUGCCCUGCAAAGCGACCUGGACCAGCCAGCCUUCCAACAACUGGUGUCUUUCUCUGAAUCGGGCUCUCUCGGGAACUCCUCGGGCAGCGACGUGACUUCUUUGUCCUCUCAGUUACCGGACACCCCCAACAGUAUGGUACCCAGCCCGGUGGAGACGUGAAACGGGGCCCCACAGACCUGUCGGUCCCCGCUCCUGCAAGGACAAUUGCAGCAUGAUCCCGGCCCCCUGCAUGUGACCAGCUCAUCACAUCGCCCAAACUACGGAGAGGAGAGUGUGUGUUUUUUUUUAUUAUUUCAUGACCUGUAGGAGAUGGAACGAAGAAAGCACCGAUUGACUCCGAGUUUUUUUUUGUGGAGCUUUCAUUGACAAAAACUAAGCAGAACAAUUGUUGCAUGACUUGAUACGGAGAAAGAAGAUGUACAGAAGACCUCCCGAUGGAUAUACUACAAGAAACCUUCCCUCAAAAACACAUUGGAAACAUUUCCAUGUCGAAUGAGAUGGACAUUCUGCGAUUUCAUUGUGAUCAUAUUGUGUCUUGUUUCUUCAACAUGAGACUUUUUGAUACAUUUAUUGCGUUGUCGAGUCCAGUUGACUCUUUGUCUUAAGGUCAGAGCAUGAUAAUCUGCAAAUUUAUUCGUGUUGUAAAAUACUUUAUCUUAAGGGCAGGAUACAGGUUGUUUGAGCUUCUCGGACAAAAAGUAAAUUAUUGUUAUAUUAUUUAUUGUUAGGAAAGCGAUUCGUAAAGGGAUUAUUAACUGAUAAAAAAUAAAAAGAUGAAUACGUAA